GUUAGAUGACAUAAAACACACACCCUGAUUGUGCUCAGGUGAGUUGCAAGUACACUCGGAGACAGGCUACAUCAAAUAUUAAACUGUAGAGCAAAGAAUUAUUCAAAAAUGGCACAUGUGUGGGACGACCUCGAAAGUAUGUUAAGAGCUCCUUUGCCAGGGACAGGGGACAGAGGCACCAUUAAAGCCAAAGCUAACUUCAAUGUUGAUGAAGAUGUUGCGGCUCUCCGCAAAGCAAUUCAGGGCAUGGGAACAAAUGAGAAGUCUCUGAUUGAUAUACUGACCCACAGAAGUAGCAGUCAAAAACAGGCCAUUGCUAGAGCAUAUCAAGAAAGCACAAAAAAGGUGCUUGUUAAUGACCUGAAGGGCGAUACCCAUGGUAAGUUUGAAGAUUUGAUUGUUAGGCUCGCUUCCCAGCCUGCAGUCAAUGAUGCCAAGGAUAUAAUUAAGGCAACCAAAGGGGCUGGAACAGACACCCACAUCCUGAUAGAAAUAUUAGCCUCAAGGACAAAUAAACAAAUCAAGGAGUUGUCUGCAGCUUAUGCUGAGGAAAUGAAGAAAACGCUGGUACAGAAUCUAAACCAUGAAGUUUCAGGGAAAUUAGGCAAAGCCAUUAUUUUGCUUGCUGAGCCUGCUAGAGAUGAGAGCACCAGUGUGAAUGCAAGCAAGGCUAAAGAGGAUGCACAGGCACUCUAUAAUGCAGGAGAAAAGAAGUUGGGAACUGAUGAGUCCAAGUUUAUAGAGAUCCUCUGUAAAAGGAGCAUCCCUCAACUAAGACAAACAUUAGUGGAAUAUAAAAACAUCAGUGGGAAGACUCUGCAGAAGAGCAUUGAGAAGGAAAUGUCUGGAGACUUGGAAGAGUUACUGGUUACCAUUGUGAAAUGUGUAAUGAACACUCCAGCAUACUUUGCUGAAAAACUCCAUAAAAGCAUGAAGGGAGCAGGCACAGAUGAAGACACACUUACCAGGAUAAUGGCCAGCCGUGCAGAAGUUGACAUGAUGGACAUCAAAGCUGAAUACAAAAAGCUCUAUCAGCGUCCACUCGGCAAGGCAAUAAGUACGGAUGUGUCUGGAAACUACGAAGACCUCUUAAUGAUGAUUUGUGGAACAGACUAGUAGAGGAAAACUACCUGCUAAACAUCCUAAACAGGUCUGUCAAAGAUCUGUGGUCUAUCACAAUGUAGUCAUGUUGCUUUAUUAUUUGUAUGCCGUUAACAAAUGCAAACCCUUAUUUACUUUAAAUCUUUUCUUUGAUACAAUUUUUUCAUUGAUUGAAUGGUUGUCAGCUUUUUUGGGAAAUAUAUAAUAUAUGUUUACUUCAGGAUUAAAUGGGUGAUGGUAAAACCAAAGAAGGUACAGAAUAUGAAGGGUAAUUCAUAUUGAUUUGUAGUUUUUCUAAAUCAUAACCAACAUAAAUCUGUGUUGGUAAAUGGACCAGGGACGACUGGACAGUAAUGGAAAUGACUUUAACAGUUACUAAGCUAAAUUAGAAAAAUUAUUUAGACUUUAGACUGUUUUUUGCAAACUGCAAAUAUAUUUAAUACAAAAGAAAGUACAGUUUUUACAUAUUGUAUUGUGAGAUGAACUUUGUUCUUACAAUCAGACUAAUGUGUACUGUAUCAACAGUGUGGUUACACAUUGUCUGGGCUUUGUUUAAAAAAAAGUGAAAAUAAUUUCAGCCACUUUUUCUUAUUGGUCUAAAUGUCAUUUUGUUAUUAUUUCCAUGUCUGUUUCUGUCUCUGUCAUUAAAUUUAUUUUGGCCAUCAUGUUUUCUUUAAACUUUUUGUGCACUGAUAAAAUGAAUAAAAAAAACUAAUGUGUGAAACUUC